UCGGCAUCGGCCAUCCGCGACGCGAACUUUCACUCGGAGACGCUCCUCGCCGUGCCGUGCCGUGCCGGGCAGCGCCGCGACACGCCGCGACACGUCGCGACGCCUGUUCCAACGCUUGUCUCCGUCUGCCCGUGGUUCGCAAACAACCGGUGCUGAAAGGGACGAUACCAGCGGAAAACAGCGAUCAACGCAGUGCUUGUGUGAAAACGUGCGUGUUCGCCGUAGGCAUUCGAUCUGUACCGAUCCAACGGAACCGAGAGUGCAAGAGGGACGUUCACCACGCACGCCAGGGAACCAGGGGAAGGGAGAUAGUCGAGGAACUCGAAGCCAGCUCGAGUAUCACGGAGAUCGUCCGAGCGCGGAUCUAGCGCGAGCGUCCCGAGGAUGGAUCUCGCGCUGCUCUUUCUCGCGGUGCUUCUCAGGCAAGAAGUGGCCGGCCUGAAGCUGAAGCGGCUGAAGGUGCCGGCGUACACGGUCCGCGGCGAGAGCGCGCUGCUCGAGUGCAGAUACGACCUAGGAGGGGACAGGCUUUACACCAUCUCCUGGUACAAGGAUCACGAGGAAUUCUACAGAUACGUGCCUAAAGGAGAACCAACGAAGCACAGCUAUACCGUCGAGGGCAUUAAAGUUGACCAUCUUCGGUCGGACCACCAGCAGGUCCUGCUGCAGGACGCGAGCCUGCACACGAGGGGGCGGUACAGGUGCGAGGUGAGCGCCGAAGGGCCGAACUUCCACUCGGUGAACGCCGAGGCCAACAUGGAAGUCGUAGUUCUUCCGCAAGAUGGGCCGACGAUAACCGGGGAGGAGAAGAUUUACGCUACCGGCGACGUGCUCGACCUGAAUUGCACCAGCGGCAAGUCUCAUCCGGCCGCGAAUCUCACGUGGUUUAUCAAUGGCGAGCAGGUGAUGCCCGACUCGGAAACGCUGCUCGACCAUCACGGACUCUACUCGGUGAUAUCAAGCUUACGACUACGGCUGCAGCCGGAUCACAUCAGCGACGACAAAAUAAACGUCAGAUGCGAGGCGACGGUGCAGGUGGACUCGAACUCGGACGCGCCGCUCGUCAAGACGCGCACCACGGAGGUAUUCGUGGAGGGUCACGCGAGCAUGGCGUCGCCGUCGGUGUGUCUAACGGUGGCGAGCGCGUUGCUGUUGCGGCUGCUGACGCCCGUUUAGAGAAUCCGUCGGUGGAACAGCGGAUCGGCCGGUCAAUUCGACGACAAUUCACCAGCAGCUGAGGCGACGACGCGACCCGGCGAACGAAAGGAGAAGAGGAUCCGCGAGCGGACAGCCGUCGUAUAAACUCGCGUUCGCCGUUCACCGUUCCCCGGCGGGCGAACGAUCGCGGCGACUCGCGAUCGAUGGCCGGUUCAACGUUCGCGGAUUAUCGGGCCGUUGCUGGAAAACACGAUUUACGAGACUGUAAUCCGAUUAAUCUCGCGAAACUCCCGACUCCCGCGCGCCCGCGGGCCCGGGGCGCCGUUAUUCCGUCGAAAGCCGGGGACGGGAUGAACGACAAGGAAAACACUGCUGCACGGACGGCCCUCUCGGCCGCAGAAACACGACGACACGCCGGACACGCGCGUCGCUGGUGCUCGUCGGGAAGACGCGUCGCGUUGGCUCGGUGGCAGAAGGAAACGAGGAAUGAAGAGCUAGGCGUCCCGAUGUUCCGCCGCGUAUCCCGCCGUGUUCGCUCGCAAAUUACGCGCACCCGCGCACCACGCAACGCUCUGCGUAUGGUGUGCAUUGUACAUUGACGGGAAGAAGGUACUCGAGAUGGAGCGGGGGUGGGAAGAGUCUACCGUGGUUUGUUUCAGUAUUACGCGAUCGGAUUAAUGUAAACGACGUGCUCGAAGGCACGAAGCGUUUUCGAGACGCGAAACUAUUUGCAGUUCAUCCAGAGAUUGUUCCUCGUCGAGUGGAUACUCCAUUGACGAUAAGUUUGACGACGUCGAAUAGUCUAAACACAAUCUUCACUCGUGACGAACGAUCUCUCGAGCGACUGUCGACGGUUUCCCUGUCGAACGAACAGCCGGCUUCGUAAUGGGCGUGUCCUUUUCACUCCGACGACUGUAGUCUCGCCGUGGACUAUACUCGACGCAGCGAAGGUAAACAAAGGCACACGAUAACAGACUUAGGUGCGACAGAUACCUUCCAAGUGGCUUCUUUUCGUCAACGCGCCAUACGCGUAACCCGUUUACGGCUUCGAAGCUUCCACUGUCCCGUGAUCGGAACUUACGGAGAAAAGAAAGAAAGAAAGAAAGAAAACGUCGCGCCUGUGCACCUUCUCGCGCCGCCCACUCUCUCGUAGCCUCGUAGUCGCCAGGAACCACCGAACGACCGACAAACCGACAGACGAAACCGACAGCGGGAAGAAAGGGGGCCGAUCUGUCGGCCGCGCACCGCCACCGAUCACUCUUCACCUCUCUGAACCCCUCGAACGCCCUGCCCCCGACCACCUCACCCACACCCGCCAGUCCCUUCGCGCCGCGGGGAAUCGCGUACCGCGUGCGUGCGUCACCCACGCAACUUGUAUGUAUGUAUGUGUGUGCGGGCAAGUUCUGUAUACUUGUAUAUACCUGAGACGCGCGUAUACCCGGCGUUAUCUUGCGUACCUUACCGGAUAGAGAAGAGAUACGAGGAUUCCGUGAUCGCGCCGAUAUGCGAUACUUUAUCGCGCUUUCCGUAGCAUAGACAACGACCGGUGGGCCAGUGAUUAUUCGGACCCUGGCCGUCGUCCCCUUUGGGCUGACGGAAUCCAGGUUGACGGGGUGAACCGAUGACAGGAACGGGGAGGUACUGUGGAGGUUUAACGUCAGCCGAGUUGACCUUUCGUUCAGAAGUGAAGAGUACGAGGACUCGACCUCGCGACGACCUGGGCGCACAGUGCAGUUAAUGGACGUUUCUGGAGAAAAUAUUAAUUAUUUAAAGAAUAUGAAUGAUACAACGAAAAGCUUCGGAAGUUGUAAGAUAUAGGGAUAUGGUGAUCUUUUCUUACGUUACAGGGAUAUUGAGGUCUUUCUGACAUAAGGUAUUUUACGUUUCGAUUCCAACGUUGCGUAAAUAGAGGAAUGGAUUUGCAGAGAAUUGUUAUUUUUGAAAUGGAGGUCAUUUUGUAUAGAACUUAGCAACACAUUGGUAACCUUCGUUGGGAUUUUAGAUAAACUAUGCGUUCGAAAGCUGAGCGUUCUGUCUCCUCACUACUGUUCACUUUUGAACCAACUGUCAACUUGGCUGACGCGAUACCCCAGUAUUCGGUGAACGCGAGGAAAGCUGAGGUUUUGGUAUUUGUACUUCUAAAGGAAGAACGAAACGAUAGCAAUGAAAGGAAAAAAGAAACUCUUCGACGCUGUGAAAAGGAUUAAUCAACCCGAAAUUCGAUUAAUUUCAAAAGUCCCGUUCCUGCAGAAACAACAGAAACACGCCGAUCUCUAAACCUGAAAAACAAAGGGUUGUCGCCCGCAGAAGUCCGAUUACAAAGGGGAAUAUUUAACGCGAGAUCCAAAGCAGAAAUCGCAGUUUGUAAAUACAGAUACUAAAAUCGAACCGCACGCUUCCCUCUCAUUCCCGAAAAACCGUCUCUUCCCGUCACCCGUCGCCGCCCGUCGAAAUCCGAACGCUCAUCGGAAAAGACCGCGUACAUGUGUGUAUGGCCUAAUGUAUAUAUUUCGCAUAUUUAGUAAAUAAAUCGUAUU